AUUCCUUUGACUACUCUGCACAUUUGCAACAGUGAGCUUUCUGGUUUUUGCAUCUCAGUAGAGCUGAAGUAUGACUCGUCGUGUGGCGGUGAUUGGAGGAGGUAGCUCAGGUCUGGCCUGCAUCAAGUGCUGUCUGGAUGAGGGGCUGGAGCCCGUCUGCUUCGAAAGCAGCAAUGACAUCGGUGGUCUGUGGAGGUUCAAGGAGAAUGCAGAGCCAGACAGGGCCAGCAUCUACCACUCUGUCAUCAUCAACACCUCCAAGGAGAUGAUGUGUUUCAGUGACUUUCCCAUCCCUGCACACUACCCCAACUACAUGCACAACUCCCUCAUCAUGGACUACUUUCGGUUGUUUGCUGACCGCUUCCAGCUCACCAAGCACAUACGCUUCAAUACCAAAGUCUUGCAGGUGAAGCAGAGAUCAGAUUUUUCUCGUUCGGGCCAGUGGGAUGUUGAGACGGAGAACAAGGACGGCGAAAAGGAGAAACACAUCUUUCACGCUGUGAUGAUCUGUAUCGGACAUCACUGCCACCCCAACCUGCCGCUGCACGACUUCCCAGGAAUCGACACUUUCAAGGGAAAGUUCUUCCACAGCCGAGACUACAAGACUCCAGAGGAGUGGAGACAUAAAAAGGUGGUCGUGAUCGGAAUAGGAAACUCUGGAGGAGACAUCGCGGUGGAACUGAGCAGAGUCACCAAGCAGCUUUAUCUGAGCACUCGGAGAGGAGCCUGGAUUCUGAACCGAGUCGGGGACAACGGGCUGCCCCUUGAUCUGGUUUUCAACAGGCUGUUUGAUUCUGUGAAGAGCAUCCUUCCCUUUAAUCUGUUCAGUAGUCUAGGAGAGAGCCAGCUCAACCGAAGAUUUGAUCACACUCUGUACAAUCUUAAGCCAAAGCACAGGUUGUUCAGCCAACAUCCCACAGUGAACGAUGAGCUUCCCAACCGCAUCCUAUCUGGAACGGUUCAGGUGAAACCCAACAUCCGCAGGUUUCAGGGGUCCAGUGUGGAGUUUGAUGAUGGAAGUGUUGUUGAAGAUGUCGACCUGGUGGUGUUUGCCACAGGUUACAGGUUUUCCUUUCCAUUCCUGGCCUCACAAGUGGUCUCAGUGUCCGAGAACAAAGCCUCUCUGUACAAGUACGUGUUUCCUCCUGAGUUGGACCGCCCCACGCUGGCUAUCAUCGGUCUAGUGCAGCCACUGGGAGCCAUUAUACCCAUCUCUGAGAUGCAGGCCAGGUGGGCCACACGUGUCUUUAAAGGCUGCAUCAAGCUUCCCUCAGUGCCUUCCAUGCUAAAAGAUGUGCAAUGCAAGCAGGAGACGAUGGCUGAAAGGUAUGUCGCCAGUCAGAGACACACCAUCCAGGUUGACUACAUCACCUACAUGGAUGAGAUGGCAGAGCUGGUGGGAGUUCGACCCAGCUUGCUGAGGCUGCUGCUGACUGAUCCCAGGCUGGGACUGAAUGUGAUACUCGGCCCCUGCACGCCGUACCAGUACCGUCUCAGAGGACCAGGGAAGUGGGCUGGAGCCCGUCAGGCCAUCUUCACUCAGUGGGAGAGAGUGGCUCAACCCAUGCAGACCAGGCCCUGUGAUGAUCCCAAACCCCAGAGAUCAUUGAAGUGGCCUCUGAUUCUGGCAGCAGCUGCUGUGGGCUCGGCUGCCUACGUCAACAGGAACAACCUUCCAGCUUUCCUACAGGAUCCCACUGCACUGUUUGACAAGAUAAAAGGUUACUUGCCUGCGCAGUGAUGUGCAAGUCGUGCUUGUUCCACUUGUAGAUAUGUGCUAAUCUUUUAACACAUUUAUCAUGCAUGUUUUCAGUUUUUACACUAUACUACCCCAACUCUGGAAAUGAACAAUAUACUAAGUGAAACAUUUUGGGGGUCUGUUUUUAUGACGUUUUUAAUUUGCAUUAAAUAUAUUAUGGGGAAAAAGUAAUUUCAACAAUGGUAAAAUAUUUAUUCAAUUCAAUUCAU